ACGAGGUGUAGUUCGUGAGAAUUGGUCUUCACCGAUAACGAAGAAAAUUUUCUCGUUGUUGUUUCGGCACACAAGUGAGAUCAAAGAUGGGAAAUAUGCCACCAGGUUAUCGCUUCUACCCCACAGAAGAGGAGCUGAUUUUGUUCUAUCUUCACAAUAAGCUUGAAGGAGAAAGGGAAGACAUGAAUCGAGUUAUUCCAGUCGUUGAUAUAUACGACUACAACCCAUCUCAACUCCCACAAAUUUCAGGAGAGGCAAGUAUGGGAGACACGGAGCAAUGGUUCUUUUUCAUUCCGAGGCAAGAGAGUGAAGCCAGAGGAGGAAGACCAAAGCGUCUCACAACUACAGGGUACUGGAAGGCCACAGGGUCUCCUAAUCAUGUUUAUUCUUCGGAUAAUCACAUCAUCGGAAUUAAAAGGACUAUGGUUUUCUAUAGUGGAAGAGCUCCAAACGGAACCAAAACCGAUUGGAAGAUGAAUGAGUACAGUGCCAUCAAAGGUGAACCAUCAUCCUCUAUUUCCAAUAAGGCUGUUCCCACGUUAAGGAAGGAAUUCAGUUUAUGCCGAGUGUACAAAAAAUCAAAGUGUUUGAGGGCAUUUGACAGACGACCACCUCCAAGGAGGGACGUAGUUAGCUAUUCCGGUGCUCAAAAUGUAGAAGAGCAACAAAAGGGUUCAACAUUAUAUGAUUAUCAUCAUAAAAUAAUGGUGAAGAGAAGUACAACGUGUUCACCAGAGACUUCUACUUCCUCCGGAGACCAUGACCAACCCCCUCUUCACGGUGAGGAAACUACUCAAAUGGAUGUUGACCCUUUUUUGGAUUGGGAGAAAGUGGAUUUUUUCUUGGGAUCAGAACCAUGAACAGAUCUAAUCCAAUAUAUCUGUGCAAUAUCUAUCUAUCUAUGCAUGGCUUGCUGCUACAACACCGAAUAAGUUACACUCAUGAUCAGUCAUCACCGAAUAAGCAGAAGCCAGAAGGUUAUGUUAAUUAUUAAUUACGUAUGUCGCAUGCAGAACCUCUACUUUAUAAACUUGUUAGAUUUCUUGCUAGUUUUGUAAAGAUGUGUAGUGGCUCAUUUGUCUGAUCAACUAUCACAAAUUAAGUCUUCAUCAUCUUGUGAUGAAUCGCACCAA